AAAGUAAACGCUCGAAGCUAUUUUGCCACUACUAGAACCGCGCUGAAGCUUUAAACUUUGUGCCGAGCAUGUGUGUUUACGGGUUUAUUUACCGCCAUGGAGGAAAGGAGGAGGAGGAAAGCAUGGUGGCCGAUAUCCUCGCGUGGCGCUAGCUGUAAGGAAGUCACGGUGAAUAUCAGAGUGGAAAGUUCAUUUUCUACUGAUUGGAACCCUCGACGUGCGCAAACGAAGCGCGAAAAAACGAAACACUCUAGACGAGCUCAGACGCGCAACCUAAAAUGUUUCGAAUCACAUCAAGCCGGAGUCAGACAGGUGCUUAUUCCCCGACAAGCGUGUGAACCACUUGGGAGUAUGAUGCCAUCCGGAAUUUGUCCAGAAAAAUGCUGCUAAGGGCACCGACCAUGACAGACAUUAAAACCAUUUUCAAUUAUAUUUGAGACCCGUUAAUAUGACCGCAACUGCAGAUAUUGGUCAUAAAGCGCACUAUAUGACGCACACACACACAAAAAAGCAGAAAAUGUGGCUAGCACAGGGCUGUGCUACAAUUUAUUGCAAACAAGACACAUUUUGAACAAGAGCUUACUUGUGAAAGAAAUCCAAUCAUAUUGUCUGCUUAGUUUGAGGGAAGAAUGCAUGCGUUCAUCCCCAAUUUGUGUAAAAACUAUCUGACUUCGGGUAAGCGACUUGUCAUGUUAGCAAGAGGUAUUUACCACUUUUUUGCGUGAUUUCCACUUGGAUCGUCAAUCACUAAAUACACAAACAACUAAAUAAACCAGGCAUGGCUAUAGGUGACCUGUGUAACGGAAGUUGGGUAGCUUCGUACAGACACACUGAGAGUGUCAUUUGGGCAUGCUAAUCAUUGAAAUAGAAUUGAUCAUCAGCUACUUAGAUUUUAUCCAUUAGACACAUUAGACAUUGAGAAGAGUACCUAGGAGAGGGGGGAAACACCCUCCUCGCUUAUCACCCCUUACAUCUUCCAAGUACUGCGCAUUAAAACCAGGGAGUACUCCAUUACAAGUUCUCCAUUACACUUUCUUCAGAAGGAAAACAAUGUCUAUGCAGGAUUUCGUCAAGGACCUCUCACUGGAACCUCUUUUAUCUUAACUGAUAACCCACGCAGACGUAGCUGACCAUUCAACAGACAGACAGCAUACAGUUUACUCCCCAUGAAGGAAGAGGCAAGAGAUCCUUCAAUCCUUGAGUCAUCACGUUCCAUCCCCUUGGAUUCACAACCUGAAGAGAUGCAGCUCUCCUCAGAGUUCAGUGGCCAGCUCGUGAGAAUAAAAUUGGAACCACCUGAUGAUUCAUGUCUACCAGAAGAGGGCCAGACACAGCAGCAGCACUGCAAGGAGUCUUCGUCAGGAGGUGAUGCUGAUGGAGCAGCAGUUGGGAUGUGUCACAUUAAAGAGGAACCUCGAGAGGAUUCCUCAAAUGAAGGUCCACUCAUAGAAGUCAAAACAGAACCUUACAACAUUACGGUCUUGGCAGGACAGGAACAAAUGGGACACAGCUGUGACUCAACACCACAAGAGUUCUUCCAGAGCACAGACCUGCAGCAUCACGAGAGGACCCACACAAGCGAGAAGUUGUACAAGUGCAAUGUCUGCCCUGCAGAGUUCAGUCUGAGUGGGCACCUACAGGCUCAUAAGCAGACACACACGAGCAAGAAGCCAUACAAGUGCGAUCUGUGUCCUGCGGAGUUCUGCCGGAUCUGGAAUUUACGGGAUCACAAGCAGAGACACACGGACGAGAAGCCAAAGUGCGAUGUCUGCCAUGCAGAAUUCACCCGGAUGUGGGACCUACGGGAACACAAGCGGAAACACACUGGUGAGAAGCCAUACAAGUGUGAUGUCUGCCCUGCAGAGUUCAGCUGGAGAGAGGGCCUACAGGUUCAUAAGCGGACACACACGGGUGAGAAGCCAUACAAGUGUGAUGUCUGCCCUGCGGAGUUCACCCGUACAGGGACCCUACACCGUCACAAGCGAAUACAUACAGGCGAGAAGCCAUACAAGUGCGAUGUCUGCCCUGCACAGUUCACUCAGAAAACUGUCCUGCUGUGUCACAAGAGAACGCACACCAACGAGAGGCCAUACAAGUGUGAUAUCUGCCCUGCAGAGUUCAGCCAGAAAUAUAACCUGCAGCGUCACAAGAAGACGCACACAGGCGAGAAGCCAUGCAAGUGCGAUGUCUGCCCUGCAGAGUUCAGCCAGAGUGGGCACUUACAGCAUCACAAGCGGACACACAUGGGAGAGCAGCCAUAAAAGUGGGACAUCUGUCCUGCAGAGUUCAGCCAAAGCAUGGAGCAAGAAGCCAUACAGGAGCAUUCUCUGUUGUGCAGACUUGAGGCAAAUCACAAACCAGCCCCUUUGCAAGGGGGCAUUUAUGAACAUGAAGCCAUACAAAUGCAACCUCUGUCCUGCAGAGUUCAGCCACUGUAUGGACACACAGCAGCCAUAGAACAAGCUGCUAACAGAGCAGGAGCUAGCUCAGCCAGUGCAUGGACGUGUUAUUUUCACAAUUAGCCACAAGGCACCUGGGCUAGCAACAGUACAAGUGUGGAGACUGUGUACACAAGAAAGAGGCCAUCCAAGGAUCAGUUCUGUUGUCCUAAACGCGGAGGCCUGAAGAAGCACGUGGUCAUGUGCAGAGGGGGAAGGCUGUAGAGACGCAGUUCGUAUCCCACGUCAUUCUGUCGGAUGUCGUGAAACUCGCGUGCAUGAACGGACUGAGGUUGAAAAAGAGUUGGAAUGGUGUUGGAUGAUGCAUGUGAAAUAUCAGGAAACCCAGAGUCGAGAAUGACGUCUGCUUAGGGAUCCCUGUGAGACAAGCCUGUGUGCCAGGAGAGAUUAUAACCACUUGUGAUGUUUGUUACAGCAGGUAGCUUUAUAGGGACUGUGCGACAAACUGGUGGUGCCGCGAUGUGGCUUUGCGUGAUAGCCGCUGGUUCUCUAGCUUUGUUUACAUGUGAAGUGCAAGCGUCUUUUCCUUGCCACAGUGGAAGUGCCGCAUCACUGACUCUGCAAGUACCUAAAAGAACUCUUAAUUAGGGACCAGAUGUUUCAUUUCUCGUGAUUUCUGCGCUUCCAAUCGGGGCUCGGAACCGUUAUUUUGGGGGGCUUCGGUUCAAGGUUACUGGUUUGGUUUGGAUUCAGUGCAACCAAAAUAAUGGUUUACGGUUUAUGUGUGCUGUUCUAAUCAGUGUACCACAUGUGAGAGGUAAUAUCAGGUUCCGGCAGUGGCUUUAGUCCUCCUUCCCUCCUCUUACUCCCUCGCCUUCCCACUUCAUAUGCAAAGAACCAUGCAGUUGACAGCGGAUAAUCCUUUACUGUACCGAAACGUGCUGGGAAAUGGCAUACAGCAUACCAUUCAACUCCACUGCAAAAGGCUAUCGCAAAUUUCUAAAGAAAAACAGGUGGAGAAAGCGGUCACGUGGUAGAUUGUGUGUAGGCCGGCACGCUGCUCCUCACUGAAAAAGGGCGCUCCUGUGUUUCUUUCCUCCAUGAUCUGAACCACAUGCCAACCUCUUUCCCUUGGUUGCUAGAGGAUUGCAUUGCCUGUGGAUGUCACUAUGAACUAUUAAAAUUUAAGUCGACUUCACACAGCGAUGCUGAAUGAAAGGAGGCAGCCGAGGCAACAAUGCAAAGUGUAGCUGUCGUGUAGCCCAUCUUUUCUUUCACACCUCGAGGCACAACAAUGUACAGGGAUGUCGUGAACAUUUUGGAGGCAAGGCUGUAGGAGGCGCAUGGACUCACCGCUCCUUGGUUUCGAUUUGUCCGCUCUACGAAUUCGGCAAGAUUCUGAGCGAUGCAGAGAGCUGGUGCGCUGCAGUCGAUGGAGUGGGAAGGUAUGGGUGUUUUUACCGUUUGGUAAAUCGGUUACCGCGUCAAAUUUUUUCGGUUCCGUUACGGUUUGUUCAAGUGGAGAGAAAUCAUGUCUAUGGAUUGGUUCCGGCAACGAGCCCUGCUUCAAAUACGACCGAGGGUGCUGGAGGGUGCGAGGGCGAAUAGUGUUUGUGACGCGCAUGAGGCCAUUGCAUGAGGUGUGCACAACAUGAAUGAAUAUAUUCAAUUUCUUCAGUUCUAGUUUCGAUUAAACCGAAUGAGGACCUGCAAAAUGAUCAUAUAUUGAUUAUAAAUGAUAAUUUACAGUUGCCGCUUUCAUGGCUGUGUAACGCUGUUACGGAUCUGCAUCCUACAAGACGACAGCUUAUUUCGAGAUGAUGGGGUGUUUCAUCACCAAUGCCAGAUCUUGAAAAAUUGACAGAAAUGUAAACAGUAAACAUUCCAAUCGCAAAACAGGAUUGAAAUUUCGCGUAUGGAACCCUUGAGCGAGGACUAAAUAAAAUAAUUGUAAAAUAAAAUACAACUGUUUUCCGA